AGCGGAGCAGCCGCCGCGCUCCGCGGAGACGGCGGGGGACGCGGUGGCGGAGCGGGCAUCCUCGGGCAUCGAGCGGCGGCCGGGCCGGAGCCGGAGCGGGGCCGGGGCGGCGGUGUGCGGGCCGGGAGCCCUGAGGAGCGGGAGCGGCGGCGGCCCCCGGCCCCGGAGGGUGCCCGGCGGUCCCCGGCCCCGCCAGCCGCCUGCUCCCCAGCGCCGGGCCGUGGGCUGCCCGCGGCGGCGCUGAGGCGCGGGCGGCGCGGCGGGAGGCGCGGAGCGGCGCGGAGCGGCGCGGAGGAGCGGGGGGGAAGAGGCCCGGCGAGGCGGGGAGAUGUCCGCCCCGUACGGCAGCCUGAUGAGAUACCUGUUCCCAGCCCUGCUGCUGCACGGGCUGGGAGAAGGUUCUGCUCUUCUUCACCCAGACAGCAGGUCCCACCCUCGGUCCUUGGAGAAGAGUGCAUGGAGGGCUUUCAAGGAGUCACAGUGUCAUCAUAUGCUGAAACACCUUCACAAUGGAGCCCGGAUCACUGUGCAGAUGCCUCCCAAUAUUGAGGGACACUGGGUGUCUACUGGCUGUGAAGUUAGAGCAGGCCCAGAGUUCAUCACAAGAUCUUACAGGUUCUACCACAAUAAUACAUUUAAGGCCUAUCAGUUUUAUUAUGGUGGCAAUCGCUGCACAAACCCUAUCUACACAUUAGUUAUACGUGGCAAAAUACGUCUCCGCCAAGCAUCCUGGAUCAUCAGAGGGGGUACCGAAGCUGACUAUCAGCUGCGCAACAUACAGAUCAUAUGCCACAAUGAAGCAAUAGCCAAAAAAUUAAGUGAGUUGGUGAACCAUACGUGUCCUGGAUUUAUACCAGAAGAUAGUCCCUGGGAGCAGGAUGUGAGCUACGAUUUGCUGAGAGAAGAGAAUGACUGUGAAUGCACCAAAGCUCUGAAUUUUGCCAUGCACGAACUCCAGCUGAUCCGCGUGGAGAAGCAGUACCUGCACCACAAUUUAGACCACCUUGUGGAGGAGCUAUUUCUCGGAGACAUUCAUACUGAUGCUACUCAGAGGAGGUACUAUCGGCCCUCUAGUUACCAACCUCCUCUUCAAAAUGCCAAGAACCAUGACCACACUUGCAUCGCGUGCAGAAUCAUCUACCGGUCAGACGAGCACCACCCUCCCAUCUUACCCCCCAAGGCAGAUCUGACCAUAGGGCUACAUGGAGAGUGGGUGAGCCAGCGCUGCGAGGUGAGACCGGAGGUCCUCUUCCUCACUCGGCACUUCAUCUUCCACGACAACAACAACACCUGGGAAGGUCACUACUACCACUACUCCGACCCCAUCUGCAAGCACCCUACCUUCACCAUCUACGCCAAGGGACGCUACAGCCGGGGAGUGCACUCAUCCAAAGUGAUGGGUGGCACGGAGUUUGUGUUCAAAGUAAAUCACAUGAAGGUCACUCCCAUGGAUAUAUCCACAGCCUCUCUGCUCAACGUCUUCAACGGGAACGAGUGCGGAGCACAGGGGUCCUGGCAAGUUGGGGUUCAGCAAGACGUCACCCACACAAACGGCUGCAUCGCGCUCGGCAUCCGCCUACCUCACACUGAGUACGAAAUCUUCAAAAUGGAGCAGGACGCCCGGGGCAGGUACUUGCUGUACAACGGCCAGAGACCGAGCGACGGGUCCAGCCCCGACCGACCGGAGAAGAGAGCCACUUCCUACCAGAUGCCUUUAAUUCAGUGUGCUUCAUCAGUACCCAGACCUGAAGAGUCACCAGAGGAGAAUAAAAUAAGGCUGUAUAGCAGCAGGGCAGCGGAAAAAUAUCCCAGUGCCCCAGCUCUUGCUUUGGUGUUGUUUAUUUGUACUGUGUCAUAUUGGGACAUUUUCAGCUAGAAGUGAAAAAAACUUAUUUUUCAUGACUACAAAGCCAGGAUUCUACCAGACUGGGGGUUGUUUUUCUUCUGAAAGAAAGGGACAUUUAUUUUCUUGAUGCACUUGAAUGCCUGAGAACUGUUGUUCUUUUCCUUACUUCCCCCCUCCUCCUCGAAUCCCGAACGGCACUCGUUUGAUGUUUGUGCUUUGAACUUCAUCCAGUCUGAUCCCUGGCCUGACAUGACUGCACAGAAGUAAUUGCACUUUAGGACUGCAGACUUUUGGGGGGAGGGAGGGGUCUCCUUUUAUUAUUUUUUUUUUAACUGCUGGGGUGAACAUUAUGAUCCUGCUACAGUCGUCUCUGCCAUCUUACCAUUGUGGUACUCUUCUCCCCAACACCAGGUUUCUCAUCAGAAUUUAGCUCUGGGGAAGGGCUCGGGUGUUGUGCCAGUACUGUGAUUGCAGCUUCCCCCUCUGACUAUCACAGCUCUGAUGUAGAUAUGCAUAUAAGGAGGAAACCCACAAAGAUUUAUCCUAUCAUUAUCUCACAGCUUGUAACACAAAAAGAAACAGCAAAUCAACAGCCCUCCAUUCAGACAGUGCUAAAUGGUUGAUACCUCUAACUAAAAAAAAAUUCUAAGUAAUUUAAGCUAUUUUUACAAUCAUUAAGUUGUAAAAAUAAUCAGUGGUUUAAUAUUUUCUCCUUCAACUUCCUUAGCUAUGUAAGCGUUGAGGCCUCCCUUUGUAUCUAGCGAGUAGUUACAACCAAACCCCCUUAAAACCAGACAGAAACAGUAUUUUUUCCGUUGGAUGCACACCGUGCAGGUAAGCUGCCGAUACAAGGCUGCAGGGACGACUUCUGUUCAUAUGCCCGAGGCCUUACAUACUUCGUGUGCAGUAUUUGUGCCUUGGAUUUUGUCAGCCAGGUGGCUGAAGUAAAGAAGCAAGUGGGGUCUAACAUGUUUCGCAGCCCUAUUUAGCAGCAUAUUUUUAGCGAUGUGACCUCAUACAGGAACAAGUAAGGGGUUUCAGCAGCAAGCACACCCUGUCCCCUAGUAGAGCACGAAAGCAGCUGGAAACAGAUGCAUGACCAUCUGAUGGAGGGAGACCGGCCCAGUCUUAACCGAGGGACGAGCAAGAGUUGCGCAAAUGCAGCCACCCCUUUUCUCCUUGCUGGACUGUCCCAACACAAACCACGGUUUCACAGAGCUGAAAUCAGCAUUGGUUUGGGGAGACACUGCUGGGAAGGUGGCUAUCCGGCCCUCAGAGAGCAUUCUUCAACAAGAGUCUGCCCUGGAAAACCUCGGGUUUCCCCCAGUGGCAAAUACAUCCUUGUGUGCGCUAAUGUGAAGCAUAGCAGACUCUGGAGGUAGUAGGGGAGAUAUUCAAGGCCAGCAAGGAGGUACGCAGAUGCUCCCCUGCUUUAAUGGGAAGCGAGCUGAGGGCAUGACUUGACCUUGUGGCAUUUGGACUGUGGCUUUUACUGAUAUACACAUGUAUUUUGGCUCACAGGAAGAGCAGGAACCUGUGUAAGAAGCGUAAGGCGUAAGGUCAUAGUGUUUCUUCAUCAGGAUCAGCAGCUUCUAGCUGUCCAGUCCAGGACUACAUGAGAAAAAAGCCUUUCAUGUGUUAUUUUCAACAUCAAAGUACAAGUCUUUAAUUAAGGUCUUUCAGCUUUACAUAGGUGAGUCUCCAUACUGUCUGCUAUAGCAAAAGCAUCCUUUGGAAACAUAGCAACAGCAUGGGCUUUGGUAGAAAAAACAGCAGGAAAAAGCCAGUCGAGCAGCAAAUGGCUAUGCUCAGGCUCCCUACCUCCUCAAAGUCUGUGCCUUCUUGACAGUUUUUCCAAGCUUGUAUCAGCCUUGGAUAUGAAUUUCCUCUGAGUCAGAACAAAAUUGGUUCACCUGGUUUUGAUACAGCAGGAGGAAGGGGAGAAGGAACACUAUCAUGGGCUCACUGCCAGGUCAGAUCAUAUCUUUCAUAUUUUCUUCUUCAGACAAUAGAAAAAUCACGGAAAACUCAUUAAGAGUCAGGAAUGGAGCUCAGGAUGGCUCGGUAGUCACCAGAGAAAGUGUUCAUCCAUCCAUCUGAUAUCAGAUCCUCCUCAGCCUGCUGGAAGGAGCUGAAAGCCAACCCACCAUGAUGAAUCAAGCCUUAUCAACAACAGCAGCCCUGAUGGCUUUCUGCUCCACAUAGUCAAACCUACUUGAAGAGACAGUUCUGCAUCAGCUGCUGCUAGGGAGACAUCAGGAGCAGUUUUAAUUAGAGGGCCAAGAAAGCGACACAACACCUCCAAAAGAGAAGCUAGGAACCAGGAUGGAGUUUGGUUUUCUCUAGCUAGACUUGAGUUUUAUAUUCAGCAGACUGACACCAGCAUAUCUCCAACUGAGUUACUGAGCUAUUACAGCCAAGUAAGUCCCUUAAAUAUUAGCUUUGUUUCUGACUUCUGUUUGAAACCUAGCGGCAUGAGUGAAUUCACGUUAGUAUAAUGAGGAUGGGUGUGACAUGAUGUUCCUUAGGUCACACAGGACAAGCUUCUUCCACCACCAUCAACCAUUCCCACAUGAGGUGGUCCUAUCUCUAAAGAAGUAUCAAUGGCUGUUAGGAGUUGUCGGACCCUGUUUGUCCCCUGUGCAAGUGCCACCCACGACUCAGUCAGUCCCAGCUGAAAUCUGCACAUGCUUGUGAUGCAGGAUUGAAGCAGAGAGCAAAGGAACUGCUCUGCAGCACAAUGUUCUAUAUUCAUCAAGGCAAUGAUCUACAUUUUAUUAGUGCUCUGUGGCUCUUCUGUAAAUUGACUAAUGUCAGAAAUAUUACAACAGUUUAAAGAGAAAGACCUGUCUAGUUCUUACCUCUAAAAACACAUUAAUGUCUCAACUGUUUUGAAUCACAGACUUGCAAAGGUCUAUGUUCUCCAAGGCUUACGGUUACACUAAAUGCAAACAUGACUCAAUGUACAAACUGGACAAGAACUAUAUUUUUUUUUUUUCCUAUCAUAUAGUUAAAAAGGAAGUAUUUGAAAAAGGCCUUCAUAUUGCAUUACAAGAAAUCUGACUGGGGACUCCUAUACUUUAUUUGUAGUGUUGACCAGAAACAUUUCUAUGAUCUGGGUUCUUAGCAUAUGCUGCACCAGCUUCCCUCCGUGUGCCUAUACAUCUUUUUUUUUUAUUUUUCUAUUAGCUAAAACAAGUCAAGUUGGGCAAAGAUGUAAGUCUUCAGAGUGCAUAGUUUAUUUGCCAAUCCAUGUUCUCUGCAAGGCUUCUCCUUGGUUACAGGCACAAAACUAGGAGCUAAGCUUCCCUGAUCUUUUGGUUUCAUCACACAUUAAAGUGCUGCACAGCACUGUAUGCAUUUGUGACAAAAUAUAUUCCAUCCAUUUUAAUUCUCCAACCUGACCUCAUGUGCUGGCAGCUCUGGCUGCUAAAGAAGGUAAAUGGCAAGUGUUUUACCAGUGGAAGACCUACAAACAGUGAUCUGUCCCAUACCAAAAUGCAGAAGCUUUAAAAAAAAAGGAAUUAUUAAUGUUGGCAUCUUCAGUAACUGCCAAUGUUGCCAGGACAGGUGAAAGUUUUUUCCCUAAGUAAUAUCCUACUCACAGAACCAUCUGACAGAAGAAAUGCUAGCCUGAAGACGUUCUUGGGUAAAUUAUUUGAACAAGUUCCAUUUAACAGGACAAAAGGGAUCAAAAAAAUCAGAACAAGUGUUCUCACUCUGUUUCCAUACCGUUUACAUAUUGUGCCUGCUGCCCUAGGGUAGAAUGUCACUUCUCUGAACAGAAGUCCGUAUUUUAAGAUAUAAUGUCUGUCUUGCUUGAGUUGGAGUGUGCUUGCUUAAAGUGCAGGAUUAUUUUUGUUAGAAAAAUAUUUUUAUUUUUGUAAAGUUAUAGAAGAUAUUUUUCUUCUCAGCUAUGUUCCAGGUUAAACUGCCGGGGAAGUUUAAGCACUUGUUAAACGAUUGAAAUAAAAAAGCCUAACUGAAA